CGCAUCAAGAAUCGACGGCAGCGGUAUCUUGAUCUCCAUCCAGAGUAUUUCAAAGAAUCGAGCCUCGAGCUAGCAGAUCCCUUGCUCUAUGAUAGAUUGAUCCGGCGAUUCCAGACAGCCGCCGAACGCGAGAGUGAAGGGCGAUUGCGCGGAUACUCUGGCAUCCUUGAAGCCAACCUCGUCCGUUCAGAGGCCAAGCUGGAAGCCUUGGAUCAUCCAGAUCCUAACAACCCCCUGAUAUACCGUUGGUCGAAAUGGGAGGAGAUCAUGGGGCUGCGCUUCUUGCGAGGCGACGAUGCCGAUUUUGACUAUGCGACUGUCGACGAGAACGACGAGUACGACCACCGCGACGACGAGGAU